GAAUCAGAUGAAGACCAAAAACAAAGGAGGAAAUGUGACGGAAGAAAAGCUUUUUCAUGGCACUGACUCCAAAUUUGUAGACACCAUCUGUCACCACAACUUUGACUGGAGAAUCUGUGGAACUCACGGAACAGCUUAUGGCAAAGGUAGUUACUUUGCCCGUGAUGCCAGAUACUCCCACAACUACACCGGUGACACUGAUGUGAGAGACAUGUUCAUCUCACGGGUGCUGGUGGGAGACUUCACCAAAGGGUCCUCUGAUUAUCGCCGACCUCCCUCCAAGGAUGGAGGGGGCAUAAACUUCUAUGACAGCUGUGUGAAUGAUGUAAUGAACCCCUCCAUUUAUGUGGUGUUUGAGAAGCAGCAGAUUUACCCCGAGUACCUGAUCCAGUACAAGAUCACAAACAUGUUUAUUGAUGGCACAGUACCAAAGCGAGUAUCGGGGUCGAGACUAGCACAGCAAUCUGUGGCGGCACCAAGACACGUGGCAGUAGGGAAACCACUGGUAUUACCCGCAGCAUCAGCAGUAGUACACAAACUAAAUACCGUCUUAAGUCAAACCCCUUCGCGGCACCUUCCCAGCACAGCUUCUUCCAUGGAUUCAACCAGUGGAAGAGUCAACAAACCCACACCAUCAACUCCAUUUUCCACACUAUCUCCAAGGGAAUUGUUAGACUUUUCUGAAAAUGUUAAUUACAAGGCAUAUGUAGCUGAGUUAGUAAAAAAGUUUUCCAGAAGUGGUACCUGAAAAUGUGAGUUAUGAUGAUGUGAACUGUGCUCCAAAAUAAGAGUUGGUAGCACCAGCUUCCCAGUUAGAUUCUAUUAAAGUAUUUUAAUAUGAAUGAUGAAGAAACUUUGACAGAUAUGCUGAACAUGUAGAUUAGAGGUGGUGCAGGUUUCUAAAGAAAGCUUCAGAAAUGUUAAAUGAAUCAUACUUUCUCUUUCUCGUUUGUUUUUUCUCUUUGUUGUUUUGAUGCUCAAACCUUUCCACCUAAAUCACAUGUACUGUAAAAUUAUUUAAGAUGAAUGUCUCAAACUUGACGGCAUUUCCACUCAUUAUGUUUAAAUUACACUUUGAAAUAACUUUUAUACAGAAUAACACAGAAAUGGCAGCACAACACUAAUAUCACAUAAGCACGCUGAGCUAGAAGAAACACCUGAUUGCUUUUCUCUUAAUUAUCUCAGGUAGUUAGUGGUUAUCAUAUUAGCGCGUCCUACUGUAUUAACACACUGUCAGAUUAGGCCAUUACAGCCUCAAAUUCUCCCAAUACCUUGGCUGAGACACAUGACGGCCUGUGUGUUGAUAACUUUGCUGUUUAGACAACCUUUGUGAUGUCAACAGGAAGCUGGGACCAACUUCUUGGAGCACAGAUAGAAACAAAGUGCCGCGGUGUGUGUGACACUCACUUCUCUGUCUUUGGAAAAACAUGUAAAAAAAAAAGAGAGAAAGAAAGAAAACAAUAAAGGAUGAGCACAA